GCCCCUCCCGCCAGCCGACCGAGCAUGCCUGGAUGGUCCAUCCUCCCGGUCCGAACCAGGAAACGACCGUGUGUGCGGCUCCCACCUCUCGCAUAGCCCAACACAGUGGCACGCCAGCCAGACAGAUGUGUUUUGGCAAUCGACUUUAGCUUCAUAAUAUUUAUGCAUUUCAUAUUUAAACACCGGUUUGUAAUCCGGAAUCAAGAAGCUAGAUUCAGACCGGAAAUUUUCUCCCUGUUCUACAAUGAGUGAGUCUAGUAUCUGCCAGGCUCGGGCCACAGUCAUGCUGUAUGACGAUGCCAACAAGCGCUGGGUCCCUGCUGGGGUGGGAGGGCAGACCUUCAGCCGGGUGCAGAUCUACCACAACCCUGCAGCCAACACCUUCAGAGUGGUGGGACGCAAAAUGCAGCCAGACCAGCAGGUGGUGAUCAAUUGCCCAAUUGUCAAAGGGCUCAAGUACAACGAGGCCACUCCCACUUUCCACCAGUGGCGAGAUGCCAGGCAGGUGUGGGGGCUGAACUUCGGGAGUAAGGAGGAUGCCACCCUCUUCGCCAGUGGAAUUAUGCAUGCCCUGGAGGUGGUCAGCGCACUGGCUGACUCAGGUUACUCAUCCCUGCCCCAACCUGCUCAGAACGGCUUGUUCCUGGAGGAGCAGGAGGCCCAGAGAAGACAGGAGACCCAGGGGCAGGAGACCCAGGGGCAGGAGAGGGAGCCACAGGCGGGAGUCCCUUCCAGUGGUGCCCCUCCUGCCCCCCCGGCUCCCCCUGCCCCCCCUGCUCCUCCUCCACCUCCUGGCCCUCCACCCUCCACGGGCCCCCAGCCUUCAGGAGCAGUGGCGCCUCCCCUGCCCUUUGGAGGAGGGGGCGGGGGGGACGGGGGGCUAGCUGCAGCUUUGUCUGGAGCCAAACUGCGCAAAGUGCCCAAGGAUGAUGGCAGUGCCGAUGCCCCUGCUGCCAAAGCAGCCUCAGGAGGAGGGGGAGGAGGAGGAGGAGGAGGAGGUCUGAUGGGAGAAAUGAGUGCCAUUCUGGCAAGACGGAGGAAGGCUUCUGAUGUUCCUGUGGUGAAGAAAGAUGAUCUGGGAAACGAAGAUACAGACUCCUCAAGCUCCAGAUCUUCAGGACAAGGAGACAACGUCAAAAGAUCUUGGGAGAAAUCUGCCACCAUGCCCAGGAUGAGAGCUGUGAACAGCAAUGCAGACAGCAGCACAGGAAGUGGAGAAACCGACAUGGAGAAAAUCAAACAGGACAUCUUAGAGGAAGUGAAAAAAGAACUCCAUAAAGUGAAGGAUGAAAUUAUUGGAGCAUUCAUCCAGGAGUUACAAAGGAGAGGCCCCAUGUAACCAGUACAUGCACAGUCACUGGCAAAUGGCCCAUCAACAAGACAAUGAAGAAAACAUUUCUAAACGAGAAAUGGACAGAUGGCUGAUAGAAAUAUUUUUUGCACUGUUUAGGCUAGCUGAUCCUCUUGUUUGCACUCCAGCAAUAUCAUCUGUUCCUUAUCGUCUAAUGUAUCAGUCCUCUUGUAUCUCACCUGUGCCUGGCUCUUGGGGAAUUUCUGGCCUUACCACUCAGUUCUGAGAAUUCAGGGAAUAUCAGUAAAUACAAUGCUAAUACUUUUCAAGCAUUUCAAAUUCUAAUGUAGUCAUGAAGUCUUGAUUACCUAAACCAUGUGGACAUCAUUGCUGCAGAUAGUGUUUUGUAUAUUUUGUAAUGAACUGCACUGUUUGACACAGUAAGGCACUGCGAGUUCUGGAAAUAAGCCUUUUCUGCAGUCUGUAUUUCAGUCACAGUGAAGCUACGUUGGCCAGAACACAGAGCCAUGUCCUUUGUAAGUGUUCACCUCCACUUCAUAGUACUGAGUGAGUUUUGCUAAACUAAACCUAAGCCGAAAAUGAACUGUUCCUUAAGGACUUGGACUAAAAGGCAUAUGAGUGCUCAAUGUUAGGCUCCUAAAUCAACCAAAAUUCCCCUUUAAAUAUAUCAUCCAGUAUAAUGUGUGCUUGUUUACAAUCAGGGACAUAGCAAAUGAGCAGAAUUUCAAACUGGCUAGGAAAAAUUGUAACAAUUACAAACAAGUACAAACUUCUCUUUAAGUGUGAUACACAACAUAAGAACCGCAUUACCGUAGUCAAACUAUUUCAAGAAAAUACUUGUAUUUCAAAAGUUGAAAAUUUUCUUUUAGUACUUUAGUGGCUGUCAGCCUUUUCUUUUCCUCCUAUGCACACUUUCCUCCAGCUUGCCAUGAUGGGAGGUUGUUUGACUCAAAGGAAAAAUAUAUCUCUAUCUAUUCUAUUUUGUAAGUACCCAUUACUGCCACAUGAGAAGGGGUGGAUAUGGGCAGAGAGGUGGGGCAUUUGAAGACUGUCCCUUUGUGAUGCUGGUGCAGUGCAGGCUACUGCUGUGCAUCACUGGCUCUUAUGGAAGAUGCCUACAGUAUACCCAUUAUCUUCACUGACUUUGGAACCUCUAUCAAACCAAUUUACUUUUCUAAUAUCUAGCCUCUCACCUCCUAGCUCUCCUACACUUGCAUAUACUUGUUUUCAAGCAAUGUUUAAAUUACAUGCAUUUAUUGUUUUUAUUUCCAACUGAAGUACUGUGGAAAUGACAAUGGAAUGUAUCUUUGAUUUAUUUUUCAAUAAAUUAUCAUUGUUAUUUUGGA